AUGGCCAGAGACGUCAACUGUGAACCAACGUUCAAUACUGAGGAGCUCAGGAUCGUGAUGGUGGGGAAGACCGGAGUCGGGAAGAGCGCUACAGGAAACACCAUUCUGGGAAAACAGAUCUUUAAAUCAGAGUUAGCCUCUCAAUCUUUGACUAAAGUCUGUAAAAAGGCCGUUGGGGAAGUGAACGGGGGAAAGGUUUCUGUUAUUGACACGCCGGGUCUGUUUGAUACCGAUACUGACCAAGAGAUUACCAUUGGAGAAAUAGCCCGCUGCAUGGUGUAUGCUGCUCCUGGACCUCAUGUCUUCCUGAUCGUCGUCCAACUGGGCCGACACACAGAGGAAGAAAAGAAUGCAGUGCUGAAGAUUCAGGAAGUGUUCGGAGAGGAAGCAGACAGACACAGCAUGGUGCUCUUUACCCACGGUGACCGGCUGAAAGGGAAACCUGUUGAGGAGUUCUUGAAGGACAGCGGAGACCUGAAGGAACUCGUUGAUAAAUGUAACGGCAACUACCACGUCUUCAAUAACGAGGCGACGGAUCAGUCGCAGGUCGGCGAGCUGCUCGACAAGAUCAGAGACAUGAUGCGUGAGAAUGGAGGAAGCCAUUACACCACUGACAUGUUCCAGAUGGCAGAGAAGAGGGUUGAAGAGGAAAAACAACGAAUCAUAAAAGAGAAGCAAGAGCAGAUGCGCAAAAAGCUGGAGACACUGGAGAAGAAAAUAAAGGCCAAAAAAGGACAAGAGGAUCCAACUGUAGCCCCUCCAGUCUCUCUGCUUUGGUGCCCUCACCUGCAGAUCUCUUUUCCCGGGUGCCAAGCCCCCAAAAUCUCUCUCCUGGGUGCCUUUCCUUUUAGGGACCACGUGUGCCAACACAACAGAGCCAUGAUGGUCGGAGGGUGGAUUGUAUUUUCUUUCAAUCGUCAGGAUAGGCAAAUGUGCAGAUCCAAGUUCAUAAAAUAUCAGAUAAUUGCAAAUGUCAUAAACUAUAAAGAUUUCAUUUGA